AUGCGGGUCGCCGGCAGGCACGCGCUGGGGGAGGAGGCGAUCGCCGUGGUGCGGCAGGCAGUGAGCCUAGCGGCGCGGCGGGGGCACACGCAGGUCACCCCGCUCCACAUCGCCGGCGCAAUGCUCUCGGCCCCGGCAUCGGCAGGCAUCCUCCGCGCCGCCUGCGCCAGGUCCCACCGGCCGCAGACAAACGCGCUCGACCUCAGCGUGGCCGUGGACCUCGCGCUCGGCCGUCUCGCCAUGACCCGCCACGCUGGCGAUCCAGCGCCGUCCAACGCGUUCGUGGCCACGCUGAAGCGGGCGCAGGCGUACCCGUACCGGCGCGCGGGCGUGACCGGAGGAAUGGUCGAGCUCGAGAAGCUCGCCGUCUCCGUCCUCGACGACCCCAGCGUCCACCGUGCCGUCGUGCGCGCGGCCGGCUUCUCGAGCUCCCAGGUCAGGGCCAGCGUCGAUGCUUUGUCGGAGCAAUCAAGUAGGGUAGGUUGGGAUGUCGCCGCGAGUUCACCAAAUCAGUUUAUCGACCACGCUGGACGAGGACAACCAUCUCUGCCGGACGGAAGUGGGUAUCAAGCUAGCAAAGCAAAAUCAGGAGAGGGACGACCGGCCAUCUUUGGCGGCACCGAGCUAGACGAAACGACGGCGAGCAUUCCCCCAUGGCUUCGCCGCUACAAAGAUAAAACUCGCAUCAGAUUAACCUGCAGUGGCACCGAGCUAGACGCUGCUUGGCGCCGGCCGAAGUUCACCGAGCUCAGCGCGACAAAUUUCAGGAUCCUCUGCGAUGCGCUCGAGCUCCGCGUUCCGCGGCACAAGAAUAUCGUCCCUGGCAUAUCGAGCACGCUGCUCCGGUGCCGAUCUGGUGUGACCAGGAGGAGGGCGGGCGCUAAUCUGUUUGGCUCCUCGUCGUCAACUUGGCUGCUCUUCCUAGGAAGGGACGGUGGCAGCAAGAUGACGGUUGCUAGGGACCUCGCGAGGCUCGUGUUUGGCUCGUACGCCGAAUUCACGACCCUGCAGGUGCAGCUUAGCCCUGGCAUUCCCGCACGCGCCGUCAAGCACACCCUCAAGAGGCCGAGAUCACCGGAAAACGGCGACGAUUUCGGGGGGAGGCUAUUCGAAGCGAUUGUGGAGAACCCUCACCGAGUUAUAUUGAUCGAUGGCGUCGACCGACUGGAUCAUGAAUCGGAGGUGCGCAUCAAGAACGCCAUCGUCGGUGGAGGAAUGACGAAGGGAUGCAACGGCGGCGUGGUCAGUCUUGAGGAUGCCAUCCUAGUGCUGAGUGCCUCUGAUUUCUUGGACUCGAGGUACAUGGCUUCAUCUUCCUCCCCAUGGCCACGGGUUAAGCGGCGGUUUAAUGGACAAAACCCUGAGGAAGGUGACGCCGCGGGAAGAUCUCGUUGUCGCCAUGGCUGGGACUUGAACUUUUGUGCAGUGGAUGGAGAAGAGGAGGAGGACAAUUUGGCUGAUGACGAGGGGAUCAUGAAUGCCGUGGAUGGUGUUUUCCUUUUCAAUUAGCACGGACUAUUUAUGUUUUCCGAAUGUAUUUUGAACGGUUUUGAAUUGUUGCAUUUUUCUUUCAGAAAUAUAUUUUUUGAAUUAAGGAGGAUUUCCUUCACUCCCGUUCCCAUUUCAGAAAACCUCUGCCGCCACCUCCUGUUCUUCCUCCGGAGAUCUCAUCUAGAGUAUGUUUUGGGCUACGGAGGGGGA